AAGCUAAUCUAAUCUCUUGAAAAGUAACCAUUUCAGAGUUCUCAUUGGAUAUGGAGCCUAAUAUGUCAUCGGAAAGCUGACUUUGCGAGGUAAUGGAUAAAGUUGACAAUGAAACGAUUGAAUAGAUGGGGUUGAUCCUAUGGUCGAUCUGGAAUGAAAGGAACAAUCAGAUGUUUAACAAGCAAAAGGCGGAAGAGUGGGAGAUUAUGGGGAAGGCCUUGGAAUAAUGGGCAGAAUACAAAUCACACCACACAAAAGAGCAAGAAGUGAAAUCGAGUGGGAAUUGUACCUGAGUGAAGCCGCCAGAGGGAUGGGUCAAGGUGAAUGUAGACGCAACGGUGAUGGUGGGGGAAGGAACGGGGUUGGGGCUUGUGGUUCGCGAUGAGACCGGGAAAUUUCUGUUGGCGGCGGUAAGACGGGAGCGCAACCAAUGGCAACCGGAGCUUGCUGAACUUCGGGGGCUUGAAUUUGGGCUGCAGAUGGUGGAAAUGCACUGCUUCUCGCUAGCGAUUGUGGAGAGCGACUGUCAAACAACCAUCCAGAAACUGAAGGGGGAGGAAGACUCGAGGUUGGAGGUGGGUUUGGUCGCUAGAGAGCUAAAGCACCGGGCCAAUGAAAUGGGCCAGGUCUGUUGGAGUUUCACAAAGCGAUCGGAUAAUGAACCGGACCAUGUAAUGGCUCAUUCCAAUUGUAACUGGGAUACAUCUGAAACUUGGGCUCUUAGGCCCCCUGUGUUUCUCCUUUCUCCUCUAGAGAAGGAUGGUUUGAUCUUUGAAUAAAAAGAAGGUUUAUGGUAAAUAAAAAAUGGUGCCUGAUGGGAAAAAAAAUAAAUUUGAGAUAAUGAACUAUUUAAAUAUAA